AUGAGCAGUGACGCGGAGAUGGCCCAGUAUGGGCCGGCAGCCAUCUUUCUCCGGAAACCCGAGAAGGAGCGGGUGGAGGCCCAGAACCGGCCGUUUGACGCCAGAACCGCCUGCUUCGUGCCCGACGCCAAGGAGCUCUACAUCAAGGGCGUGAUCCAGAACAAGGAGGGGGGUCAGGUGACCGUGAAGACGGCCGCCGACGAGACCGUGACGGUGAAGGAGGAGGACUGCCACCCCAUGAACCCCCCCAAGUACGAUAAGAUCGAGGACAUGGCCAUGAUGACGCACCUGAACGAGCCGUCGGUGCUCUUCAACCUGAAGGACCGCUACGCCGCCUGGAUGAUCUACACCUACUCCGGCCUCUUCUGCGUCACGGUCAACCCCUACAAGUGGCUGCCGGUCUACGACCCCCAGGUGGUGCAGGCCUACCGGGGCAAGAAGAGGAUGGAGGCUCCGCCCCACAUCUUCUCCGUCUCCGACAACGCCUACCAGAACAUGCUGACAGAUCGGGAGAACCAGUCGGUCCUGAUCACCGGAGAAUCCGGAGCAGGAAAGACCGUCAACACCAAACGCGUCAUUCAGUACUUCGCCACCAUCGCCGUGGCGGGAGGCGGGGACAAGAAGGAGGCGGCGCCCGGCAAGAUGCAGGGGACCCUGGAGGACCAGAUCAUUUCGGCCAACCCCCUGCUGGAGGCCUUCGGGAACGCCAAGACCGUGAGGAACGACAACUCGUCCCGCUUUGGCAAGUUCAUCAGGAUCCACUUCGGGACCACGGGGAAGCUGGCGUCUGCCGACAUCGAGACAUACCUGUUGGAGAAGUCCAGGGUGACGUUCCAGCUGAGCGAGGAGCGGAGCUACCACAUCUUCUACCAGAUCCAGACCGGCCACAAGCCGGAGCUCAUCGAGAUGCUCCUCAUCACCACCAACCCCUACGACUUCCCCAUGAUCAGCCAGGGCCAGAUCACCGUGGCCAGCAUCGACGACCGCGAGGAGCUGCUGGCCACCGACACGGCCACCGACGUCCUUGGCUUCACCAACGACGAGAAGAUGUCCAUCUACAAGCUGACGGGCGCCGUGAUGCAUUAUGGGAACAUGAAGUUCAAGCAGAAGCAGCGGGAGGAGCAGGCGGAGCCGGACGGCACCGAGGUGGCAGAUAAGGUGGCCUUCCUGAUGGGGCUGAACUCAGCCGACCUGCUGAAGGGGCUCUGCUACCCCCGCGUCAAGGUGGGCAACGAGUACGUCACCAAAGGACAGACCGUCCCCCAGGUCACCAAUGCGGUCAGCGCUCUGGCCAAGUCCGUGUAUGAGAAGAUGUUCCUGUGGAUGGUGAUCCGGAUCAACGAGAUGCUGGACACCAAGCAGCCCCGGCAGUUCUUCAUCGGAGUCCUGGACAUCGCCGGAUUUGAGAUCUUUGACUACAACAGCAUGGAGCAGCUCUGCAUCAACUUCACCAACGAGAAGCUGCAGCAGUUCUUCAACCACCACAUGUUCGUGCUGGAGCAGGAGGAGUACAAGAAGGAGGGCAUCGACUGGGAGUUCAUCGACUUCGGCAUGGACCUGGCCGCCUGCAUCGAGCUCAUCGAGAAGCCGAUGGGGAUCUUCUCCAUCCUGGAGGAGGAGUGCAUGUUCCCCAAGGCCUCCGACACAUCCUUCAAGAACAAGCUGUACGACCAGCACCUGGGGAAGAACAACGCCUUCCAGAAGCCCAAGGUGGUGAAAGGCAAGCCCGAGGCCCACUUCACGCUGGUGCACUACGCCGGCACGGUGGACUACAACAUCAGCGGCUGGCUGGAGAAGAACAAGGACCCGCUCAACGAGUCGGUGGUGCAGCUCUACCAGAAGUCCUCCAUGAAGCUGCUGGCCUACCUGUACGCCUCCUUCUCCGGCGCCGAAGCAGAAUCCGGUGGUGAGGCUGGAAAAGGAGGGAAGAAAGCGGCGAAGAAGAAGGGCGGCUCGUUCCAGACGGUGUCGGCAGUGUUCAGGGAGAACCUGGGGAAGCUGAUGACCAACCUGAGGAGCACCCACCCCCACUUCGUCCGCUGCCUGAUCCCCAACGAGGUCAAGACUCCAGGCAUCAUGGACAACCACCUGGUCAUCCACCAGCUGCGCUGCAACGGCGUGCUGGAGGGAAUCCGCAUCUGCAGGAAGGGCUUCCCCAGCAGGAUCCUCUACGCAGACUUCAAGCAGAGGUACCGGAUCCUCAACGCCAGCGCCAUCCCCGAGGGACAGUUCAUGGACGGGAAGAAGGCCUCAGAGAAGCUGCUGGGCUCCAUCGACGUGGACCACACCCAGUACCGCUUCGGCUCCACCAAGGUGUUCUUCAAAGCCGGCCUGCUGGGAACUCUGGAGGAGCUGCGGGACGAGAAGCUGGCCUCGCUGGUGACCCAGACCCAGGCCGUGUGCCGCGGGUACCUGAUGAGGAAAGAGUUCUCCAACCUCAUCGCGCAGAGGGACUGCGUCUGGAUCCUGCAGUACAACCUGCGCUCCUUCAUGAACGUCAAGCACUGGCCCUGGAUGAAGCUGUUCUUCAAGAUCAAGCCGCUGCUGAAGAGCGCCGAGACGGAGAAGGAGAUGGCCACCAUGAAGGAGGACUUCGUCCGCUGCAAGGAGGACCUGCUGAAGUCCGAGUCCCGGAGGAAGGAGCUGGAGGAGAAGAUGGUCUCUCUGCUGCAGGAGAAGAACAACCUCCUGCUGCAGGUCCAGUCAGACUCGGAGAACCUGUGCGACGCCGAGGAGCGCUGCGAAGGUCUGAUCAAGAGCAAGAUCCAGCUGGAGGCCAAGCUGAAGGAGGUGACGGAGCGGCUGGAGGACGAGGAGGAGACCAACGCCGAGCUGACCGCCAAGAAGAGGAAGCUGGAGGACGAGUGCUCCGAGCUGAAGAAGGACAUCGACGACCUGGAGGUCACGCUGGCCAAGGUGGAGAAGGAGAAGCACGCCACGGAGAACAAGGUGAAGAACCUGAUGGAGGAGCUGUCCGGCCAGGACGAGAACAUCGCCAAGCUGAGCAAGGAGAAGAAGGCCCUGCAGGAGGCGCACCAGCAGAGCCUGGACGACCUGCAGGCCGAGGAGGACAAGGUCAACUCGCUGUCCAAGGCCAAGGCCAAGCUGGAGCAGCAAGUGGACGACCUGGAGGGCUCACUGGAGCAGGAGAAGAAGGUCCGCAUGGACCUGGAGCGAGCCAAGCGCAAGCUGGAGGGGGACCUGAAGCUGAGUCAGGAGUCCCUGAUGGACCUGGAGAACGACAAGCAGCAGUCCGAGGAGAAGAUCAAGAAGAAGGAGUUCGAGAACAACCAGCUGGUCAGCAAGAUGGCAGACGAGCAGGCGAUCAGCAACCAGCUGCAGAAGAAGAUGAAGGAGCUCCAUGCUCGCAUCGAGGAGCUGGAGGAGGAGGUGGAGGCCGAGCGCGCCGUCCGGGCCAAGGUGGAGAAGCAGCGGUCCGACCUGGCCCGGGAGGUGGAGGAGGUCAGCGAGCGGCUGGAGGAGGCGGGCGGAGCCACCGCUGCCCAGAUCGAGAUGAACAAGAAGCGCGAGGCGGAGUUCCUGAAGCUGCGGCGCGACCUGGAGGAGUCCACGCUGCAGCACGAGGCCACCGCCGCCGCGCUGCGCAAGAAGCAGGCGGACGGCGUGGCGGAGCUGGGCGAGCAGAUUGACAACCUGCAGCGCGUCAAGCAGAAGCUGGAGAAGGAGAAGAGCGAGCUGCGGAUGGAGAUCGACGACCUGGCGUCCAACAUGGAGGGCGUGGCCAAGGCCAAGGUCCACCUGGAGAAGACCUGCCGCUCCCUGGAAGACCAGCUGCUGGAGCUGAAGACCAAGAACGACGAGCAAGUGAGGCAGAUCUCAGAUCUGUCCAACCAGAGGGCUCGGUUCCAGACGGAGAACGCCGAGUUUUCCCGGCAGAUGGAGGAGAGAGAGAGUCUGAUCUCCCAGCUGACUCGAGGGAAGCAGGGCUUCACCACCCAGAUCGACGAGCUGAAGCGUCUGAUCGAGGAGGAGACCAAGGCGAAGAACGCCCUGGCCCACGGCCUGCAGUCGGCCCGCCACGACGGCGACCUGCUGAGGGAGCAGCUGGAGGAGGAGCAGGAGGCCAAGGCGGAGCUGCAGAGGGCGCUGUCCAAGGCCAACGGCGAGGUGGCGCUGUGGAGGAACAAAUAUGAGACGGAUGCCAUCCAGCGCACCGAGGAGCUGGAGGAGGCCAAGAAGAAGCUGGCGCAGCGCCUCCAAGAGGCCGAAGAGCAGAUCGAAGCCGUCAACUCCAAGUGUGCAUCUCUGGAGAAGACCAAGCAGCGGCUGCAGAACGAGAUGGAGGACCUGAUGGUGGACGUGGAGCGGUCCAACAGCCUGGCCGCCACGCUGGACAAGAAGCAGAGGAGCUUUGACAAGGUUUUGGCGGAGUGGAAGCAGAAGUACGAGGAGUCGCAGGCGGAGCUGGAAGGCACUCAGAAGGAGUCGCGGUCCCUCAACACCGAGCUCUUCAAGCUGAAGAACUCGUACGAGGAGGCUCUGGACCACCUGGAGACCAUGAAGAGGGAGAACAAAAACCUGCAGCAGGAGAUCUCAGACCUGACCGAGCAGCUGGGGGAAACCGGCAAGUCCGUCCACGAGCUGGAGAAGUUCAGGAAGCAGGUGGAGGUGGAGAAGUGCGACAUGCAGACGGCGCUGGAGGAGGCGGAGGCCUCUUUGGAGCAGGAGGAGUCCAAGAUCCUCCGCGUCCAGAUGGACCUGAACCAGAUCAAGGCCGAGGUGGACCGGAAGGUGGCGGAGAAGGACGAGGAGAUGGACCAGAUGAAGAGGAACCACCAGAGGGCGAUGGAGUCCAUGCAGGCCACGCUGGACGCCGAGGUCCGGAGCCGCAACGACGCCCUGAGGGUGAAGAAGAAGAUGGAGGGAGACCUGAACGAGAUGGAGAUCCAGCUGAGCCACGCCAACCGGCAGGCGGCCGAGGCCCAGAAGCAGCUGAGGAACCUCCAGGGCCAGCUCAAGGACACCCAGAUCCACCUGGACGACGCCGGCCGGAGCCAGGACGACAUGAAGGAGCAGGCGGCCAUGAUGGAGCGCCGCACGGCCCUGCUGACGGCGGAGGUGGAGGAGCUCCGGGCCGUGGUGGAGCAGACGGAGCGCAGCAGGAAGAUGGCGGAGCAGGAACUGGUGGACGCCAGCGAGCGCGCCGGACUCCUGCACUCCCAGAACACCAGCCUGCUGAACACCAAGAAGAAGCUGGAGGCCGACGUCACGCAGCUGCACGGGGAGAUCGAGGAGGCGGUCCAGGAGGCGCGCAAUGCCGAGGAGAAGGCCAAGAAGGCCAUCACCGAUGCGGCCAUGAUGGCCGAGGAGUUGAGGAAGGAGCAGGACACCAGCGCUCACCUGGAGAGGAUGAAGAAGAACCUGGAGGGGACGGUGAAGGACCUGCAGCAUCGCCUGGACGAGGCCGAGAACCUGGCCAUGAAGGGCGGCAAGAAGCAGCUGCAGAAGCUGGAGGCCCGGGUGCGCGAGCUGGAGACGGAGCUGGAGGCGGAGCAGAGGCGCGGCUCCGAGGCCAUCAAGGGCGUCCGCAAGUACGAAAGGAAGAUCAAGGAGCUGACCUACCAGUCUGAGGAGGACAAGAAGAACAACGUCCGUCUGCAGGACCUGGUGGACAAACUGCAGAUGAAGAUGAAGGCCUACAAGAGGCACGCCGAGGAGGCGGAGGAGCAGUCCACUGCACACAUGGCCCGCUUCCGGAAGGCGCAGCACGACCUGGAGGAGGCGGAGGAGCGCGCCGACGUGGCCGAGGCGCUGGCCAAUCGGAUGAGGGCCAAGAGCCGCGACGUCGGCUCCAAGGUGGGUGCAGAACGGGCCGGGCGGCGGCGGAGGACGAAGCGGCUGACGUGA